AUGUCUGCUCUCACACCCCGAGCUACCCCCAUUGCCCCAGGGGUGCUGCCCGAGUUCGGCAUGAAAGGCAAGGUCAUCGUCGUCUCUGGUGGAGCUCAAGGAUUGGGUGUAGUACAAACCGAGGCACUGCUGGAAGCAGGAGCCAUAGUGCACGUCUUUGAUCGCCAGCCAGAGCCAUCCGCCGGCUCGUACUACCAGGAAGUAGCGCGCCGGGCGAAGGAAGAGCUCAACACCUCGCUGCACUACCACCAGGUCGACGUACGGACAGGCGUCGACAAGCUCAACAAAAUCUCCGAGGAGAUCGCCGAGAAGCACGGUCGCCUCGACGGGCUGCUCGCCGCCGCCGGCAUACAGCAGGAGACGCCGGCUCUGGAGUACACGGCCGCGGAUGCGGACCGCUUGCUAGGCGUCAACGUGACGGGCGUGCUCAUGACGGCCCAGGCGGUUGCGAGACAGAUGGUGCGCUUGGGUCAGCCAGGGAGCAUGGUGUUGAUCGCCAGUAUGAGCGGCACCAUUGCGAACAAGGGCCUCAUCUGCCCCGUCUACAAUGCCUCGAAAGCCGCGGUCAUCCAGUUAGCACGAAACCUGGCCAUGGAAUGGGGCGUCAAGGGGAUCCGGGUCAACACCAUAUCGCCGGGCUACAUCGUGACCGACAUGGUGCAGAAGCUGUUCGUCGAGUACCCGGAGCGCGAGACCGAGUGGCCCAAGCACAACAUGCUCGGCAAGCUGAGCCGGCCCGAGGACUACCGCGGCGCCGCCGUGUUCCUCCUCAGCGACGCCAGCAGCUUCAUGACGGGCGCCGAUCUGCGCAUCGAUGGCGGACAUACUGCUUGGUAG